UUACUAUGAUAUAGUAUCGGCGGUGUUCAGCGACCGCGCUGUGUCGUACACACGAGGUAUUGUGUAAGGAUAAAACGCGGUGUAAAGACUAUCGCGUAAGUGAAUGCGCUGCGAUACCUUCGCUAUUAUCGUGGCGCUUAUUAUCACUAUGGCCCCGUUCGCGUGGACAUUCCGAGGUAAUAUCAACCGAUUUCUCACCGACAUGCAGAUCUUGCAGUGUCUCAUCAUACUAGUUAGUUUCUUCAAUCUCUCUCUGUGCCUGUACGAGGAUCAAGUCGGCAAAUUCGAUUGGAGGCAGAAUUAUGUUGGCAAAAUUAAAUUUGCCAGCUUCGACACAGUGUCCACGGCGAAAAAAAUUAUCGUUGCCACCGAGGAGAAUGUUAUUGCAGCGCUUAAUCUGAAGUCUGGUCAAAUAUUAUGGAGGCGAGUGUUAGAGAAAGGUUAUGGUGGUCGUAUUAGAACUUUGGGAGGUGUUUCGGAUGGAGAUCUUAUAUCUGUAAGUGGGGGUGUUCCAGCCAUCGUUCGUGCUUGGGAUUUAGCAACUGGACAUAUACUUAAUGAAUGGCCAAUAGCUGAACAAAAUACCGAUAGACAUGAGUCUCCGUUUAUGUCGUUUUCUACAUUGGGCUUAUAUUCUGCUGACAGAAUAAAGGACGUAAAAUGGCACAUUAAAGAUGGAACAUUGCACCAUAUAUUACCUAUUUAUAAUAGUGGAGUUGAAGUAACAUCUUAUGAUAGCAAGACUGGAGAAAAAUUGAAAACUCGGAGAGUUUCUGCACCAUUCAUAAACCAAGAAACAGAAUGUGUUCUAGCAGCUCCAUAUUUGGCAUGUUUAAAAGGGGACAGUUCUUUAGCUAUAGUAUUCUUAGUACACUUAUUCGAUACUAAUGCACAGCCACAGUCAGUUACAAUAAAUACAAUAUUUGGGGCUGGUGCGCAAGGGCCAUAUAAACUAGAAUCUGUACUUGGAGAAGAGCCUGUAAUUUCAAUUAAUGCUGAUAACGACCAAAGAAAACGGAUACUAGUUAUUGGAGAACAUCCAAUUCCUAUACAAAGAGACAUCGCUGGUGAUGCAACACUUUAUGUAGUUUCUGUCGAUAACGAGAAAAUACUUUUGGAAACAACAUAUAAAAACGGAAGGGUAGAAAUAAUGGCUACAAAUCUCUUGUCUUCUACACUUCUACCUGAUUUAUCAGUUACAUUCACUCAUGCUUCUAUACAAUCGCCAGCCAUAAUGGCAUCUGUUUGUCCGCAUCAAACGAAAGGAAUAAUGUGUCGUCACUUAUUAUCCUCGCAAGAUCAUAGUGUUGCGUUAUUGCAACAUAACAAAGUGGUAUGGACGAGGGAAGAAGCACUUGCUAGCAUCGUAGCCGUCGAAAUUAUAGAAUUACCUAUGUCUGAUGGAGAUCAGGCUAUCGAAACAGAAUUUGAUCAGAAAGAGAGUAUUGAUGUAGACAGUUCAUGGGACUUGUUAAGCAUGGUAUUUAGAAGAAUUACUUCUCAGAUCAAUCAAGCAAGAGCAUUCUUUCAUACAAUACUGGAUUUGGUGCCUCAGCAAUCCAAUCAACGUACUGACUUAGUGCGAGAUAAAUUUGGUUUGCAUAAAAUGAUCAUAGCAGUUACAUCAGCUGGAAAAUUGUAUGGUAUUGAAACCAGAAAAGGUGAAAUUAUCUGGCAGUUGAGAUUAUUUAAUAUCCGAGGUUUCACAAAAGUAUCUAACACGAUGGUACUGUAUGUUCAAAGAGGUAGCAGACAUUUUCCUCACCCACCGCAAUGUGCAUUGUUAGCAGAAGACAAGGAAAGUGGGGAAGGUCUCAUAUAUACUUUUAACCCAAUUAUCGGACAACCAUUGGAUGGGUUAAUAAAGCUUGGGUAUAAAAUAAAGCAAUCUAUGUUAUUGCACGUAGCAACUGAUGAUUUCCUGCGUGGUAUUCUUGUUCUUGACGCACGUGAUAAAGUUCAUGUUUAUCCUAACAGUGCAACUGCAGUUGCUGCUACACUUGGAAAAAGUACAUACCUUUUUACAGCUGAUCAGACAAGUGGAAUAUUAUCCGGAUUUUCUCUCUCAUAUAGCACGACUCAGGAAUUGAUCGCUCAUAAAGUAUGGGAAUUAUUAUUGUCACUAAGGAACCAAAGAAUAACGCAAGUUGUAGCAAAAAAUCCAAUAGAACGUGUCCAUUCCCAAGGAAGAGUCUUGAGUGAUAGAUCAGUAUUGUAUAAAUACAUUAAUCCUAAUUUAAUAGCUAUAGUGACAGAAGGCAUAGGACAUGCUCAUAAAAAUACGCUUAAUUUGUAUCUGUUAGACGUAGUAUCUGGAGCUAUGAUUUUUUCCAUCACGCACAAAAGAGUACGUGGUCCAAUUCAUAUUGUACAUUCAGAAAAUUGGCUAAUAUACAGUUAUUUCAAUGAGAAAGGACGCAGAACAGAAAUUGCCACGUUAGAGCUAUAUGAAGGAAAAAUACAGAGUAACACCACAGUGUUCUCCUCUUUAGCGACAACAAAAUUGCCAAUUGUAGAGAGACAAGCUUUUAUUUUUCCGGCAUCUAUAGAAUAUAUGCAGGAAACAAUUACUGAAAAGGGUAUUACUAGCAAACAUAUAAUAGUUGCUUUAGCCAAUGGUGGAAUAUUAGAGUUGCCGUGGAUGAUGGUAGAUCCACGACGGCCUAUUAAUCCUGAAGUGCGAGAGGAAGGAGUAAUACCGUACAUGCCCGAAAUUCCAAUUCAUAUGGAUGCUAUUAUCAAUUAUAAUCAAAGCGUUUCUAGGGUUUUGGGUAUUCAUACUAGUCCCAGUGGCCUUGAAAGUACUUGCUUAGUUUUUGUACAUGGUCUUGAUUUGUUUUACACGAGAGUAGCACCAUCUAAAACGUUUGACGUUCUAAAAGAAGACUUUGAUUAUUAUCUUAUUGUGAUAGUACUUGCGGCGCUGUUGAUCUCAUCGUACAUCACUAAAAAAUUAGCAUCCCAAAAAGCUCAAAAGCAAGCGUGGAAAUGAUGUCUCGCUUUUCUAGAAAAUCGUUAUGUAAUAUGUAUGAAUCUGUUCACUAUAGGCAAGAAUUUUUGCUAAGAUAACUUGUAAAAUAUACUGUUUUAUAAAUAGCUAAUUUUAACACAAAGUAAAUGCUAAUACUUUGUUAUCUUACCUAAAAAUUUCUUAAGUAAUCUUAAAUCCCCUAAAUGAAAAGACGUACAUAGGAUAUAUAUUUUAUCCUUUUAGUGGUACAGAACGCACAUGUGCGAUAGAUAGUAUUUUUAAAUCCUUUAAAAUGUGCUAAUCAAUGUAUGACAAAAGUGGACCAUGAUCAUUGAUUAUUAUUAAACCAUGUGGAAAUAACUGAUAACGUGCUCAAAAUAUUGCUUCUUUGUUAAUUGUAUGAAACUUUGUGCAAAUGAAGUAAAAUCAUUUCAUAUGAUACUUAUGCAUUUGCAAUAUAAAUCAAAGCGAAAAUUAGCAAUUUGUCAGAUAUAAAUAUGGAAAAUACUAUGUACGAUCCUUAAUGCAUUUUACAAUGGAAAUAUUGAAAUGUUAGUGCACAUGAUAUUAAACAGCACUGAAAGCAAACAUUUGCUUAUUAUAUAAAAAAAAAGUGUGAUUGUGUCAUAUAUGAUAAACCAAUUUUUAGACAUUUAUAAUUUAUUUGCUUAUGAAAUAUUAUCUUCGAGAAACUCUGAAGAGCAGUAUAUUUUACAUCUUUCUAUGUACCUAUAGUUUAUUAUUCUUUAACAUACCAUGUAUAAGAAGUGUAUGCACUUAUACACUUAUAUUCCAGAUUUCUUGCAAAAUCUCAGCUCAAUUUUGCAAACAAACAAGUUUCCUUAAUAUCAUCGUUUAUAAUGCUUGCGAGGAAUGUUACAUAUGAAAAAAAAUACAAUUUUUAAAUAAUUCUUUAUUAUAAAACACAGAAUUUUCCUUAAGUUUCCUUAGUUUUUGAAAAAUUUAAUAAUCUUGGUUUAUAUAUUUGAUUUAUCGGUGAGCUGAUAUUUCCAAUUUUAGAAAUAAAAAUAUUCUACUGGCAUAUAAUAAAAACAGAAAAUAUAUAAAUUAUGUUGAAAAAUAAGUUUAUUACCUUUAUGACGUGCAUUUUUAUUCAUUUUUUUUUUAAAGUAGCAUCUGUCAUGCAACUGCCAUACAAUGCUAAUAUUGCAAAAGCUUUAUUUCGUAAAAACUAUAAUUUAAUUAAUCUUGCUAUAUUUGCUGAAAAUUUUUUAUAGUCUUAGAAUCAAACAUACACAAACCUAUUCAU